UAAAUCAAGACGUAUAGUCACUAUGUAUUAGUUUGCUUUUUUGGUGAUUGUUUAACAAUCAAUUUACAUAUAUAUAUAUAUAUAUAUAUGUAUGUUCAAUAUGUACACAUAAACUUUGAUCAAUCAGUUGUUCGUUAAUAUUAAUAUUAAUAUUAAUAAUAAUCACAAUGUCCACGUAUGGUGAAUGUCAAGAAUGUAUACGUAGAGUAUGCAUAUUGAUAGUAAUAGCCACCUGAUAGAAGAGCAGCAGCUUGGCUGGAAAAGUCAUCAAUUACGGAAUAGGAAGUCGACUACGCAAGAAGGCUAAGAUUUUAUAUCCUUCUGACUUACAGAGUUAUUGCAUGCUUUUAAAGAAUUUAACAUAACUUUCACAUAUGGGUAUAAGCACAAAUAUACUCUCAGAGAAGGACGUGAAGUACCUUCGCCAAGCGAUUAAUGUUUCAGGAGAAGCAAGAAAACAUGGUAAUCAUCCAUUUGGGUGUGUUAUUGUUGACGAACAUGACAAGGAAGUGACGAUAACUGAAAAUCGGGUACCUUCAGCGGAUGCAACUCAACAUGCUGAACUUUGUGCAGUAAGUACGAUAACGAAAAUACGAGAUGCUGAAAGUUUGCUGAAAUGCACGCUUUACUCAAGUACUGAACCUUGUGCAAUGUGUUUUGGAGCCAUCUUUUGGUCUGGCAUAGGACGUAUCGUAUUUGGUUUUUCGAAUGCGAAUUUGGUCCGACUGGCACAACUUAAUCCGAAAAAUUUUUACUUGCGAGUAAGUAGUAAAGAAAUAGCAAAAAGUGCAUCACGUCCCAUUGAGGUGCUGGGUCCAUUUCUCGAAGAUGAAGCUGCGAUUCCACACAGUCAUUACUGGGAUUAGUUUCCUUUUUCCUUCUUUUCAUGAGUGAAAUUAGGAUCUUUAUAACCUUCUGUUAUUUACAAUUUAAAAUCCAUUUUGCCAGGUCCUAAAGUAUGAAUUUUAUAUUGGAGAAAAGAGCCAGAACUUACUUCUUUCCGACUGGUAUGGCAUACCAACAUCGGUUUGGACUUUUGUAAUGUAUAUAUUUAGCAGUGAAUAUUUUUAAUAAAGUCUAAAUUUACUGAAA